ACCGACUCGUAUAUGCAACGCGGAAGACGUCAAGUGCGCGAAUAAAGCGCGGUCAGUCUGAAAAUUGACAUUAUUCGUGAAACUACGUUGCUUGGCGUCAUCAUUCUCAUCAUCUGCGGAUAACGAUCUUUUGUUUGCAUUUUCCGACGGUUGCUUUGUAAUAUCGCUAACGACAUUAUCAUUGAAUUCGAUCAAGAAAUUUUCAAAGUAAAACACUUCGAUCAAAGAGAAGACUUUGAGAAUAGAUCUGUAAAAGGCACGAGAGUGCCGUUGUAUCUUUCCGUUCGCGAUCGGCAGAGCAACGACUCGAGAUAAUCGACAUGAGAUUUACAUUAGUGAUCGACAAGUAAGAUCGAUCGAUUUUCAUAUAGAUUUUUUACUCAUUUACAAUAUAUUUUCUUCGACCUUUUCCAAAAGAGAUAUUUAAACGGCUAGCUUAAAAGAACAUACAGAUAUAAAACACACGCGAGUGCACGUGUUAAACACUCGAAUCAAAUUUUUCCAUGGGGAGAUCUCGUGAUCAAAGACAGAGUCACAUUACCACAGUGAUAUAUCACCGGGACGAAAUAGAAGCGGUCUGCGUUAGGCAGCCGCCGCGUGCGAACAAUUAUGCCAUAGCCCUGUUAACCAGUGUGCAUCAAAAUUAGCCCAGAUAGUUACAAACAUCACGCCAAGGCUCUUCAACGACUCGGCGAAAAAUUUGAUAUUACUUCAUGCUAAAGGGCGAAUCCCACUGGCCUGGUCACUCUCGGCUAUGAUUUCGCAGGCUAUUACAUACUGUUACAUCGAAGCGACUUUGCGUCCGCAAACUGGUCACUCGCUCGACUAGUUAUACUCGUAAGAAUUUGGCAAAGGGUCGAUAUGACGAGGAAGACUCUUGUACUAUUGCUCGGUCUACUCGUUUUAAAACGAUCGUAUUCCAGUUCUGGAAACGAGUACGGCGAUGGCAAUCAUCAUCGACAAAAAAGAGUCCUUUGGAUAACGAACGACGGUCGAAUAGCUUUACCACCUGGCACGGUAAUGACGAUUACACCUACGUUGGCACUACCCUUCGUUAGAUAUCCACCUUACGGCUUUUUGAGCAAUAUGACUAUUAGUCUUCCUUUUACGAUCGACUUCGAUAAAUUAGGCCUAACAGAUAACGAAAAUCCUUAUGGUGCUUUGCCAUCGGCAUUCGAUAGAAGUGCCCGCGGUCGAAAAGCUGGCAUGAUUAUGGCAGAUUUCAUAGCUGCCUUCAUAAAACGAAGACUUCACAAAAGGGACACCAUAGAAAUUCCAAAAGAUGCGUUUCACGGUGGUGAAAGAGCUCUUCUUUACGGCACAGCCGAGGAUAUGUUAAGCACUUUGGGUUUAAAUGGAAAAGCUUGCUUAUUGCGAGCGAUUUGUGAAGUUCAUGGUCAUCCUCUCAACAAUUUCGGCCUGAUCGGCGAAAUGUUGAAACUAUUUCUCACGGCUAGCAAGUCGCCAUUUGCAAAUAUUCUCAACGAAUACGUGGAAGCUGAAAAUAGAGGGAAAUUACACGGAGAGUGUUGGCCGUAUUUCAAAGAUUGUCCUAAAUCGUUGUUCCUGCCCUCUAUUAAUAAGUACACGAAAGAUUCCGUUCAUGAGAACGACGAUACAGAAAAUAACGAUAAGUGGAAUCAAAUUUCGAGAGACGUCGAGGAAGAUGUCGUCGAAAGGUUACCGAAACAAAAUUCGAAACACACGAUGCAUCCGUCCAUGUAAUAUUAUCUAACAAAUAUAGAAUAAAAAAUAUAGUAGUACGAUAUAUUGUAUUGUAAUAUUGUAAUAUUAUUAUAAUAUUAAUUUAUACAUAGAUCGUGAUAAUAUUUUUACCAAUGUAAAUUUCAUAGUAUUUAUAGUAUAUUAUAUUAUUUUAUAGUAUAUUUAUCAAUUUGAAUUUUACCAUUGUAAU